AUGGAUGCUCAGGCACUCGCGACAGUUCCAAGAGAAUUCUCAUUAGCAAAUCAAAAAUUUUUUGAGAAAAUAUUAAACAAAAAUGAAGAAGUAUUGAGAAGCGUGAUAAACGAGAAAAAAUCCGCUAAUUCAACUCCAACCUUCCGACGGUUUGAGAAAAAUGUUGAAAAGUGGUCGGUGUAUAUUCAGCAGAUGCAUCAACAUUUUGUGGCACAUCAAGUGAAAGAAGAUGUAUUAAAACGAGCAUGUUUCCUUUCGUGGAUAGGUACAGAGACCUUUGAACUUAUUCAAAAGUUAUGUGACAACAAUAUAGAGAAUAAGUCUUUUGGUGAACUACUAGCAAAAUUGGAUAAUCAUUUUGUGGAAAAACAGCAUAUAUUAGCAGCACGUUUUAAAUUUCAUUCAAUACGAAUGAAAGCAAAUCAAUCAUAUGCUGAGUGGGUGGCAGAACUGCGUGGUGCGGCUAAAGAGUGCAUGUUCCUAUGUACGAGUGAAACUUGCCAGCAAUCGUUUAUAGAUAAUUGUAUACGAGAUAUGGUUGUAAUACACACACCACACGAUAAAGUCCAGGAAGUACUGCAGAUAGCAGCAAUAUAUGAAGCAACGGUUAAAACUUGUAACGAAAUUAGAGGUGAAGAAAUCAGUCAAACAGUUAAUGAAGUUAAUCACAGUUCAAGUAAGAAAGUUAAACAGAAUCGAAGUAAUAUUAAGUCCCGAAAUUCAGUGAAGGGAGGACAAUCGUGUCCAGGUUGUGGGAAAGCACAUCAAAGAAAUCAAUGUUAUCAUUACAAGAACAAAACAAAGUGUCGGUUAUGUACAAAGCAAGGUCAUAUUGCUGCAGUUUGUCAAUCAGCAGUGACAGGGAUUCAGCAGAAUUCUAAUUUUAAGGUUCGAAGACAGGAACAAAAUAGAGCAAGAGAUGUGUAUUCUAUGAGUGAUGUUUCAUUUGAGUCAAUUAAUGCGAAUGAAACAACGGAAGUUAAAUCAGUUGAUUCGCAACUUAAUACUGGUGCAACAUGUUCCUUAAUUGGUUUGGCGGCAUAUAAACAACUGGGUAGACCUUGUUGUGGGCCUACGAAUAAAGUUCUGAGAGCGUAUGGAGGAGCUGUUAUUUUUCUUAAGGGUUCUCUCAGAGUAUAUGUCAAGUAUGGAAAUAUUACUCGAAGCCUUGAGAUUCUUGUAGUUAACGAUGAAUAUGUUACUAACAUACUGGGAUUGGAUUUGUUUACAGUAUUAAAUUUCAAACUGCAGUUACCUGUUAUUGAAUGUUAUGCAAAUAAUCCUUGUGGAUCAAAGAUUAUUUGUGAACAAAGUUUAACCGCAUCUCUACAUGAACUCAGAUGUCAACAUGCUAACAUUUUUUCUUCGAAAUUGGGGCGUUGUACGUUGUUCAAAGCUGAAAUCAGAUUGAAGUCAGAUGCUAAGCCUAAAUUCUUUAAACCAUACAAUCUGCCGUUUGCGAAAAGAGAAGACGUUCGCAUCGAAAUUGAUCGGUUGGUAAAUAUUGGAGUUUUGAAAGCUAUCAGAAGCAGCGUCUGGGCCGCUCCUACAGUUGUAGUGUCAAAGCCAAAUGGGAAAUUACGUAUUUGUGCAGAUUUCAGAAUUGGUGUGAACUCGCAAAUUGAGAAUGACAGGUAUCCAAUUCCUAGAGUUGAGGAACUUUUUUAUAAACUUCAAGGAGGACAAUUUUUCACAAAAAUUGAUCUUAGUGAAGCGUACUUGCAAGUAGAAUUGUCUGACGCAACAAAAGAACUUCUAGUCAUUAAUACGCCAUUUGGUUUGUUCCAGUUUCAACGAUUGCCAUUCGGUAUUGCCAGUGCUCCUGGCAUAUUUCAACGUCUUAUGGAAGAAGUAACCGCUGGAAUACCGAACUGUGCAGUUUAUUUAGAUGAUAUAAUCGUAACAGGUCGAAAUAAUAAAGAACAUUUGAAUAAUGUUUUCAAAAUUUUUCAACGUUUGGAAGAAUACGGUUUGACAUGUAAAAGCGAAAAAUGUAGUUUUGCGCAAGAGCAGGUAGAUUAUGUUGGACACGUAAUCAAUGUGAAUGGAUUAAUGCCCAGAGGAAAACGUGUAGAGGCAAUCAAAUUGAUGCCGCGUCCUCGUAAUAUUCAAGAAGUUGAAGCUUUCAUUGGAAAAGUUAAUUAUUAUAACAAAUUCAUUAAACAGUUUUCCAUAAUAGCUGCUCCUUUAAAUGAACUAAGGAAAAAUAAUGCUGUGUUUAAAUGGACAGCAUAUCAUGAAGAUGCUUUUCAAGCAUUGAAGAAUGCUAUGAUCAAAGCUACGGAACUCGUUCAUUAUGAUGAUAAGAAGCCUAUAGUGUUAGCAGUAGAUGCAUCUAAGUAUGGAAUCGGCGCAGUAAUUUCAUAUCGUUAUGCUGAUGGUUCAGAGAAGCCAAUCGCAUAUGCUUCAAAAAAAUUAAACAGUAGCCAAGAACGCUAUUCUCAAAUCGAAAAAGAGGCAUUAACAAUAAUUUACGGAGUGACCAAGUUUAAUUAA